AAGUGAAGGAGGAAGGCGGUGAUCGCAAGUGACAAUAACAUGGGGCUGGGGCUGGGCGCUGCGGGGGAUAUGUUUUUGUAGUAUUUUACCUUUUGAUGUUAAAGUCGUGCCAUUACAAUGACAAAGUGGAAGCCAGUACGCGAAAGAGACAGAUAUGGAAUCGCUAUCCAUAACUUCAGUCAACAAUUACCAUAUCGCAUUUCUCUGAACGUGGGAGAAGCUGUGCACCUACUGGAACAGAAUGGCGACUGGUAUUUUGGGUGUUCUACUAAAAAUAGAGCUGUACGAGGGAUUUUUCCAAAGGCAUACAUUUAUGUGUGUGAGUCAAUUCUUGAUAAAACUGGGAUGUCUGAGUUCCCUGUGCUCAAACAACCUCAGGUUGUACAAGAAAUGACAUCAGUGCUGAGGGAAUGGGGUUCAAUUUGGAAGUGGCUGUAUGUAACCCAUUCUGAUCAAUUCAAACCUAUGGAGCGCCGAAUGAUAGAUUUAAUUCGAUGUCGCUCAAAAAUCUUAUCUGGUACUCUUCCGGUGGAUGAAUUGCGCCAAAUAAAGAAGGAAGUUACCUCAAUGAUAGAUGUUGGCAACAAGGUUUUAAGUCUUGACAUGGUGGUAAGAGAUGACCAGGGCAAUAUAUUAAAUCCUGAAGUUACAUCUACCUUGGAACUUUUUCAUCACCAUGAAUUAGCUACAGAUCGUAUUCGUAAAGCUACAUCUGGUUCAUUAAAGAAAGCUCCAAAGGUUGCCACACACUUCUCUUACACUUUAUUUGUGUCUCUAAGAAACUUCAUUUGCAAGGUAUCCGAAGAUACUGAAUUGCUUAUGGCCCUUUAUGAUGCAAAAGAUGGCAAAGUUUUCACUGAAAACUAUGUUGUUCGGUGGAAUAAAGAUAGUCUCAUGAAAGAUGUGGACCAAUUACACAAUCUGAGGGUGCUGUUCACAGAUCUUGGCAGCAGGGAUUUGCAACGUGACAAAGUUUAUUUAGUUGUGUAUGUGGUCAGAUUAGGUGCAAUGGACCCCCGUGAAACUGAACAGAAAAACAGAAAAUCUGUUGCAAGCAAUCUUGUUGGUGAUGCUAUUAUCUUGAGAAGACCAUAUGGAGUGGCAGCUAUUGACAUAACACUUUUCUUAUCGGGAAGAAUUGAAACUGAUGAAGAGGCUCACCAUUUUGUACCUCUGCUUCUAUGUGGCGAUAGAGAUAAUUUGGAGGGUACUCUAAAACGGAUCCUCACUUUAAAGGAAUUAACACAGAGAGAACAUAAGGGUCAGGGUCUUUCUGCAAGCUUAAAGGUGUUACGAGGUGACCUCAAACAGGCAAGAGAAGAAAAUCCCCAUUUAGUAUUGGGAAGCGUGGCCAUAGCUAGGAAAAUGGGUUUCCCUGAAGUUAUCCUUCCAGGUGAUGUGAGAAAUGAUCUAUAUCUCACUCUCCAAAAUGGAGAGUUUUCAAAAGGUAGCAAGUCCGCUGAUAAAAAUGUUGAAGUUACUGUUUGUGUUUGCAAAGAUAACGGACAGGUUUUAGAAAAUGUUAUCUUGAUGGGUGGAGGUGUCUCACUUCAAAAAGAAUAUCAUUCUGUUAUAUACUAUCAUGAAGAUAAACCCAGAUGGAAUGAGACAUUUAAGGUGGCAAUCCCUAUAGAUGAUUUUAAAGUCAGUCAUUUGUUGUUCACCUUUAAGCACAGAUCUUCGAAUGAGGCUAAAGACCGCGCUGAGAAACCUUUUGCUCUUUCUUAUGUCCCACUCAUGCAAAAAAAUGGGACUACACUUCAUGAUACCCAGCAUGAACUGCUAGUGUACAAAAUUGAUCACAAAAAGUAUGAUGAAUCUAUUAUUGGCCACCUCAAGCUACCAGCAACCAGAAAUGAACUAGGUGAUGGACUGAAGCCAUCCUUUUCAGGUCUUUCAUUAUCCAGCAAGGACUGCUUUCUUAUCAAUACCAAUGUUUGUUCAACCAAAUUGACACAGAAUGUGGAUUUGUUGGGCCUUUUAAAGUGGAGUUCUAAACCAGAGGCUUUAAAAGAUUCUCUUCAAGCGCUAAUGAAAGUUGAUGGUGAAGAGGUUGUGAAAUUUUUGCAAGAUGUUUUGGAUGCCUUGUUUGAUAUCCUAAUGCAAAAUUCAGAUUCAGACUUGUAUGACAACAUGGUGUUUGAAUGUUUGCUUUACAUUAUUGGUUUGGUUUCUGAUCGCAAAUACCAACACUUCCAACCAGUAUUGGAUCUUUAUAUUCAAGAAAGUUUUUGUGCUACUUUAGCUUACAAUAAACUUUUGGUUGUGCUGCGCUAUCAUGUUGAAAAUGCCAACUCCACUGAUGUAAGAGAUAAGGAGUUGCUUUUAAAAACAAUGAAGUCGUUGCAGUACUGUAUUAAGUUUGUUGUCCGAUCCCGUUCAUUAUUCUCUCAGAUGAAUGAAAUGAAAGGACAACAGCAGUUUGAAGUUUCUUUGCAACAGUUCUUACGAUCUGUAAUAGCAAUGAUGAGUCACAAUACCGACCAUACUUUGCUAGCUCAGGGUGCUUGUCUUAAGUAUUUGCCUUCUUCUAUACCAGACAUUUUAACUGUGUUUAAUGCUCGCCAGCUAAGCUGCCACCUUUUGGAGUUAAUUGCUGCAGUUCCUUCAGGAAGACUUACAAAGCAAAAAAUGAUGACCAUUGAUGACAUAGUUCACAGCCAAUUGUUCAAGAUGCCUGAAUGUCGAAGUGUUCUUCUGCCAGGUUUUACUGUUCGAAUUAAGGAGCUUCUGGAAUCUCGUGAAGAGGGUCGCCUGGGCUUUGAUUAUCGCCAAAAAUCAAAAUCUGUAGCCAAGAUUGCCAAGGUGUUGGGUGCCAGCAAAUAUAAACUACAUGAACAUCAUGGUUAUGCAGAGGAGGUUGAGUUGUGCGUGAAAAUCCUCAGUGAUAUUAUGAACCUACUUUUCUUUGCUGAUGUGGGACCAACAAUUCUUGAUGUGACAGAAGUAAUGUUAACAACACUUCGCACUGUCAUCCAAACUACUAUAGCCAUGGAUAGAGAAAGUCCUCUUGUGGGGAACUUGGUUGCUGUGAUGUUGGCUAUAUUUCGCCAAAUGACCGCUCACCAUUUUGAGCACUAUAUUUCACAUUUUGCCACAAAUACUGAUUUACUUGAUUUUCUCAUGGAAAUAUUACUAGUAUUUAAGGAUCUUGUAUCCCGCCCAGUGUUCCCACCUGAUUGGUCUGAAAUGAUAAUGCUGCAGAACAAUGUCAUUUUGAAAGCCUUGCGAUUUUUCUCGCAUACAAUUCGUGACCAUUUCUUCCAACCCUUUGAACAUCAAGCCUGGAACAAUUUUUUCCACUGCGCCAUUGCUUUUUUAACACAGCCAGCACUUCAACUUGAUAACUUCAGCUGCAACAAAAGGGCCCGUAUUGUGUCUCGUUACCGAGAUAUGAGAAGGGAAACAGGAUUUGAAAUAAGAAGCAUGUGGUUCAAUUUGGGUCAAGCAAAAAUACAAUUUGUACCUGGUCUUGUUGGUCCCUUCCUCGAGAUGACUCUCAUUCCUGAAGCAGAGCUUCGCAAAGCAACCAUACCAAUUUUCUUUGACAUGAUGCAAUGUGAAUUUUACUCAUCGCGUCAUCCUGGGGAGAGCUUCUCUGACACUAAAAGAGAUUCAAGCCACAUCAAAGCUCAUUUCUCAGAGUUUGAAAAUGAAAUGAUUGCAAAACUCGACACUUUAGUGGAGGGAGGUCGAGGUGAUGAACACUACAAAGAACUAUUUCAUAACAUUAUGAUGCAAUUGUGUCAAAGUCAUUCUACAAUGAGGGAACAAGGCACACGCUUUGUAACAACUGUCACACGCCUCAUGGAAAGAUUAUUAGAAUACAGAUGUGUGAUAAAUGAUGAAAAUAAAGAAAAUCGAAUGAGUUGCACUGUCAAUUUGUUGGAUUUUUACAGUGAAAUAAAUAGAAAAGAGAUGUAUAUAAGAUAUGUCAACAAAUUGUGCGAUUUACAUUUGGAGUGUGAUAAUUUCACUGAGGCUGCUCAUACUUUACGGUUGCACAGUCAACUUCUGCAAUGGUCUGACGCCUCUUUGCCUCCCCUUCUGAGGUCUCCUCGUCACCUCAAUUGUCAUACUCAUCGUCAAUUGAAGGAAGCUUUAUAUUAUGACAUUGCUAAGUACUUUGACAAGGGAAAGAUGUGGGAAAUGGCAUUAGCAGUAUGCAAAGAACUUGAGAAGCAGUAUGAAGAGGAAGUUAUGGAUUACACACAAUUAAGUGAAUUACUGCGUCGACGAGCUCGUUUCUAUGAUUGCAUUAUGAAACAAGUUCGACCAGAACCAGAAUAUUUCAGAGUUGCUUACUAUGGCAGAGGGUUUCCAGCUUUUCUCCAAAAUAAAGUAUUUGUGUAUCGUGGGAAAGAAUAUGAACGUUUAACAGAUUUUUGUAACCGAACACUAAAUCAACUCCCAAACGCAGAGCUCAUGAGCAAAUUAACACCUCCUGGUGAAGAUAUAACUGAAUCUAUGCAGCAAUUUGUUCAAAUUAAUAAGGUGGAGCCUGUUAUGGGAGAGCGGCAGCAGAGGCUCACAGGAAGACCUAUCAACGAUCAAAUUUUACGAUAUCAUCGUGUCAACAACGUUCAGAAGUUCAGGUUUUCACGCCCUUUUCAACGAAGAGAUCCAUUACUACCUGCUGAUGAUGGUGAUACCAAUGAGUUUGCCAGUCUUUGGCUUGAACGUACUGUUCUUGUUACUUCAUAUCCUUUACCUGGUAUUUUGCGUUGGUUUCCUGUAACAUCAUCUGAAACAUAUGACAUCAGUCCUCUGCGGAAUGCCAUUGAAACAAUGGAAGCCGCUAACAAGAGUCUUCAGGAACUAAUUGUAGCUCAUCAUAAUGAUCCUUCUUUACCAGUUAAUCCCUUGAGCUUAAAAUUGAAUGGUAUUCUAGAUGCUGCUGUUAUGGGAGGCAUAACAAACUAUGAAAAGGCAUUUUUCAUACCAGAUUAUUCAGCUGCUCACCCAGAAGAGUCAAAGCAGUUAGCUAAAUUAAAAGAUCUCAUAGCAAGCCAAGUACCAUUGCUUGAAGUAGGAGUUCAACUGCACCGACAGAGAGCACCUCCAAGUUUAGGCCCUUUUCAACAACGCCUUGAGCAAUGUUUUCGUGACAUGCAGACACAAGUUGAGGCAAAGCAUGGAAAAAAGACCUGUGAUUUGAAACUGGAUAAUCCUCAGUGGACUGCACCGCGUCCUUCAAGCACUUCUAGUUCUGGAUUUGGAGAAGAAAACUUUUCCAAUAGGGCAUCAGAGGGCAGCCUUAGUACACCUGAAUCACAAAGCAUUAACAACCGCAUACGAGUUUCAAGCUUAACUCGGUCCCAAGUUGCUACUUUAAAGAGUUUAGCUUCUUUUAACUUCUCUACAAAUAUUGGUUCUUCGGGAACAUUGGGGAGGCAGAACUCAAACAGCUCCCCAAACAACCGCAAUAAUUCUAGUCUAAGUGGAUCUCCUAGUUCAAGUAGUGUCAAGUUUGGGCGUUCAGCGUCUCUUUCAACUGAUUUAUCUGAUCCACCAGCAAACCUUGAUAAAGAAAAUGAGCGUGACAGAGAUGCACGCAAAUCAGAAGGCAAACGAAGUCGAUUGUCACGUAAGGCAGUAAGCCUACGCCAUGCUAGUCGCAAAUCUAAGGAUGCUCGUCGGGAUUCCAACACAAGUUCUGGGGGUACAAUAAGCAAUGGGAACAGCCAGUGGUAUACUUCAGAAAGUGCACCAGCAUCUAGUCAUUUUUUGCCUAAUGCAUUAAUUCCAGCUAUUACUUCUGUAGGACCUGUGUAUGAGCUGCGCCAAGAGCUUACCCCUCAAAGGCCCCUUAGAUCUGAAGUCGAAAGGGAAAAACGGCUGAGCCUCAGUCGGCCAACUAGUGGUCAAUUCCCUCCAAGUGUGACACCCUCUAUUGGGGGUCAAUCUGGAAGUCAUUCAGGUACAAGUAGCAACCGUGACUCUAUUGGAACCACAAGUGAAGAUGAUGGUGCUCCACCACCACUUCCAAUGAAGGUUCGUGAUGUAGAUACAUCGCUUGAUGUGUCUGUUAGUCAAAGUAUAGACACUGAUGCAGAUGCAGAAGCAGACUACUGCAAUUUGUUUGCAUCGCCUGAUCAUGUGCGAAGUGUACCAUCAACUCCUAGUCUUCGAGCCAAGGUCUUGCCGCCCACACCCCAGGAAGAGACACAACCAUCCAUCCCCUCAUUCAAUGUAGGUGAUGAAGUGUCAGAUAUGACUUCAGGUCCUGAACCUCCCGACCCUGAUCCAUGACAAGACGCAGCCAAACCCUCACAAGGUUUGGCCAACAGUAGUUUCCUGCAUCAGUACAUUGCCAAAAGUAGUCCCACAGUCUAAGUGAACAAUGACAAAGAUUGCACGCACAUUGAACCUCAUAUUUGUUCAUUGCUUGCAUGUGGCAAUACCCUGAAAUUCUCCCAGUGGAGGCAGUGGAGAUCUUAGUCUGGUCAAAAUGCUGUCAAUAAAUGAAGUGAUUUGUAAGUAUUAAUACUGAUAUUGAGUAGACUUAAGCUAUUGAACAUAUCAGAAAACUUGUUAUAUUUUUAAACAUGUGUAUGAAUAUCAUAUCCAUUUGUAAAUAAUUUGUUUAACUAUAUUUGCAACUUGUAGUUUUCCUAUCUCAUGAGAAAAGUAUGUAUUGUUACUUUAUAUUAUGGCCAAGUUGUAUAGUUUCCUCCCGAAGACAUUUCAGUUAUGUCUACAACUAAUAAUUGUGGAUGAGUUCAUUUUUUUAAACUGUUUUAUUUACCCAUGAGCUUUACAAAAACCAUGCUUCAAAGGUUACUUCUUUCCUUUGAAAGUUUUACAGAAAACAACCUGUAUCUCUUGGCAUACAGUAGCCACUCUGUUAAAAUAUGACAUCUUUCAUAGCAAUAUAGGUGCUUGUAAGUACACAUGUAACUAUGAAAUAAAUAAUGGUACUUUCAGA